CCUACCAAUGGGGUGAUAUCUUAUGUGCUGUGGAAUUUUGAGUCACUCCCCGUUUCUAAAAAAAAAAAAAAAAAAAAUCAGGAUCCAGUAAAGCAGAUUUCUUCACGGGCUCUUCGCUCUGCAAACGUUUGGCACUGAGGUGAACUAUGGCGGAUGAAACGGUAACAAUAAACGGAGCCUCUUCUCCGGGCUCGCAGCCAGAGAAGGGGGGCAGUGAGGCAGGGGCUGGCCCUCGGAGGAAAUGGGACAACAUAUGGGAGUAUAUCUUCUCCAUGAGUGCGUGUCUGCUUUCGGCUCCACAUUUUUGGUCCUUCCCAUAUUUGAUGUACAAGAAUGGAGCAGUUGCUUUCCUCUUACCUUAUGUAUUAAUCUACCUCGUGUGUGGCAUUCCCCUGCUCUUCCUGGAGAUGGCACUGGGCCAGUUCACCAGUGAGGGCGCUAUAACAGCCUGGAGGAAGAUCUGUCCCAUGUUCCAGGGCAUUGGGUUUGCGUCCCAAAUCACUUUGUUUUAUGCAAUGACAUACUACAUCGUGAUCUCGGCCUGGACUGGUCUGUACCUGUUUUACUCCUUUAAAAGUCCUCUGGUCUGGUCGGUAUGCGACAACAUAUGGAAUAGCAUUCAGUGUCGCACUGACCCUGACUGGUCAUAUCUAAAUAAUGUCACCAUACAAGACAACUUUGAAGACUAUCCUUAUGGGAAUACAUCUUCCACUGCGAACCAGGGGUAUACAGCAGAAUUGGAAUUCUGGAGGUAUCGUGUGAUAAGAGAGUCAGAAGACUUGUCGUUGGGUGUCGUAAACUGGGACCUGGCUCUGAUCCUCUUUGGUUCAUGGACCCUAUGCUUCCUGUGUACAUGGAAGGGAAUCAGACUCCUCGGAAAGGUGGUCUACUUAACAGUCGGCUUCUCCUGCCUGCUGCUGGUCAUCUUUUUCUUCCGUGUAGUGUCACUCCCAGGAGCUUCACUGGGCCUAAAAUAUUUCUUUUACCCAAGCAUCGACCAUAUAGCUCAAGCAUCGACAUGGAUCGAAGCAGCAAGUCAUGUGCUUUACUCCUGUUCUGCAUCUCUUGGAAUAGCUAUAGCACUUGGAAGCUACAACAGAUACAACAACAACUGUUUGAGGGACUGCUUGGCGUUGUGCGGCGUAAAUUUCUGUUUAAAUAUCAUCUGUACUAUAGUCGUGGCGUCGGCCACAGGAUUCUUGGCCUUUUUCUACGGCGUAGAGCUCAGCGAUGUCGCUACUUCUGACACUGAAUUGAUUUUCGCACUCAUUCCGGCGGCUCUGUCGAGGAUACCUGCCUCUGGGUUUUGGUCUGUGCUCUUCUUCCUCAUGUUCUUCUGUCUGUCCAUUGACUUACAGUUCAUAACUGUAGAGACCCUGGCCACAGCCAUCACUGACCUGUUCCCACAACAGCUGAGGGGUCCCAGAGACAGGGUGAAGCUCACGCUGCUCAUCACUGUCGUUUGCUUCCUGCUGGGGCUGCCGUUCGUCACUGAGGGAGGAUUGCUCAUGUUUCACCUGGCCGGUCACUUCUGUGGACAGGAAUGCAUUUUCCUCGUUAUUGCUGGCUGCGAGGUUAUCGUCAUCGCCUGGGUGUACGGAGCGGACCGAUUCUGUAACAACAUUGCGGACAUGAUCGGCUUCCGGUUUCCAUUGGUUGUGCUGAAAUACUGCUGGUUGUUCAUCACACCGUUCAUCAUCUUACUGUUGUUGACCUAUUACAUGAACCUUCACCACGGAUUCUGGUACCACGAUUAUGAACUCGGAGUGAUGGGGAAGUUGUUCGGUAUUCUACUCACCGCCACUCCGCUGAUGUGCAUCCCAAUCUUCAUUCUGUACACCCUGUGGAAGGACAGUAAAAACAUGCUGACGCCGUCCAGUGACCUGCGUCAGGCUCUGCCUCACAAGCCGCGGCUCACUCUGUGUAAGUGUGUCGUCAUAAAAGCUCCGGCGACCAGGAAUGUGGACGAGAGGAACGAGAAGAUUAUGAUGGGAGAACCCAGCGGUGUUUAAAACGUCUUUUUUAUUGAUGCUCUGACAAACAUUUAAAUCACUUUGUAAACUUUGUUUAUAAGGUUUAUGAGUCAGGGAGAAUUUUUUUAAAAGCCAUUUUUUAUAUAGAAGCUACUUUAAACAUAUUCUACUUUUUACAUAAAAUAACGAAAAUAAAACACUGUAUAAUCCUAAGACACGUAAUGCUAUUAUACUACAAUCUUACUAAUCCUACUAAUAAAUCAGUCGGUUUUCUCUAUGAUAACUGUAUGUGUAGUAUUUAGUGGUGACACUAUGAUAGAGGAAGUAUCCAGUUGUUGGGCUGGAUCGUUUUUCCAAAUCUCUAUGGCUGUCUUUUAGCUCCACAUAUAGACAAAUGACUCGACCUGCUCUCUGGUCUGUUAAGAAGAAACUUAUAACUUAUCUUUGGAGCAACAUCUUUGCACGUCACCUCAGGUUUUUAAAGAAGUGAAGUGAAAUUCAAUUUUCUGACUUAGCUUUUGUGCCUCUGUGUGCUACUUCUUUAGCUGGGACUAAUGUAGGACCAACAAUAGUCAAGGUACUUUCACUGAGUUGUCAUUGUCGUUCCUUACUCUGGAAACAGUCUCAGAGUCAACACUAACAGUGUUAGUCGUUGCUAUAGUGCCUUAUGCCACUGAAGAGACAAUUACAUCAGUGACUAAAAUAAAGGGAGGAUUUUUUUUUUCAAAUUUUCUAAACUCAAAUACAGGGGUCCCCAACCUCUGGUUCGCGGAACACUACUGUGGAUCAUGUAAAGAGAAUCUGGUCAUUUCUGUUUAGUUCCCUCAUUGUAUUCAAGAUAAUACAUCAAUAUUUUAAAAUGACUCCGAAAACCGACAGUAUCCUCAAAAUGAUCUUUAAAUUUUGAAAAUUCGACUGACAAGUCCUCGGUAGAUUGUCCUUGUAGUAAAUUGUUUUGAUAUAAUUUGAGAGUCACACGGUCACCGUGACUAUGGUUUCUGGUGUUCCUUCAGAAAAUUGUAAGACUAUCUGUGAAGCACUUUCACAAUAACAAAAAAUAAAUUCACUUUUCGCCUUUACUAAACUAAUGAGAGCCAGUGAUGCCUUCAUGGUCCUAGGAAAGAGUUCAAUUGCAGUAUUCCUCUCACAGUCGGAUCAGUCACUUUUUAAUUUGUGAUUUGAGUUGGGACUUUAUGCUAUAGGUAGGUUCGAUGUAGUUUUAAGGUUGUUUUUUUUUGUCACUGUGUAGGUUUAAAGACUAAUUGGUUAAAGUGAAGGUUAAGUGGCUUCUUCUUUCCUAUUUCUCACAGUUUGUACCAUGAUGUUUGUGGUACAUUCAGCAGCUUCACUUGUGUGACGAUAAAGCUGCACAUUUCUUUAUAUGUGAUUCCAAACAGCACUUAAUUACAGACAAUCGUCCGACUCUUGUACUACUUUGACAGUUGCGAAGUUCUGUAACCGUGUGACACAAUUUAUUAUGAUACGUUAUAUGCAAUUAUGUAUUUUCUUUGUCAAACAAAAGCAGGUACUAUGUAUACAGUAUUAUUCCAAAGUAUUGCAAAAAAACUUUGUAUUGUUUGUAAUACUUCUUACAGUUAUGAUAAAAGUAGCCUAUAUUGUUUACAGUCCUGUACAAGACUGUAUGUUUACAUUAUAAACUAUAGGAAUCAAUAAAUGCUCUGUAUGGUAA